GCCGAGGAACCGGGCCGGGCUGGAGGAGAAAGGAAGCCUGCGGGGGGAGGCGGCGGCGGCCGGCGAGCGGGCGACGGAGGAGAGUUCACUUCCACUCGGUGUCAGCGCGCUGCGGCGGCGGCGGGUGCUGGCGGGAGCGCCGAGGGAGAGGGUUGCCCGUCUAGGAGCGGCCGGGGGGAGGAAGCCAGAGGCUGGUUCGCAGCGCGCCGGCGGGGCGCGGAGCCCGCGAGGCUGGCCAGCGAGGGGAGCCGCGGGGGGCGCGCCCCAGACGGGCCCCCGGAGAAGCGCAGGAUGCCCCACGAGGAGUUGCCGUCGCUGCAGAGACCCCGCUAUGGCUCUAUCGUGGACGAUGAAAGGCUGUCUGCAGAGGAGAUGGAUGAGAGGAGGCGGCAGAACAUCGCUUAUGAAUAUUUGUGCCACUUAGAAGAAGCCAAAAGGUGGAUGGAAGUCUGCUUAGUUGAAGAAUUGCCACCAACCACUGAACUGGAAGAAGGGCUCCGGAACGGAGUUUACCUUGCAAAGUUAGCCAAGUUCUUUGCCCCGAAAAUGGUAUCAGAGAAAAAGAUCUAUGAUGUGGAACAAACGCGUUAUAAGAAGUCUGGCCUUCAUUUCCGACAUACAGAUAAUACCGUCCAGUGGUUAAGAGCGAUGGAGUCUAUUGGCCUACCCAAGAUAUUCUAUCCAGAAACCACAGAUGUUUAUGAUCGGAAAAACAUACCAAGGAUGAUAUAUUGCAUUCAUGCACUGAGUUUAUAUCUGUUCAAACUAGGAAUAGCGCCCCAGAUCCAGGAUUUACUGGGCAAAGUAGACUUCACAGAGGAAGAAAUCAGUAAUAUGAGAAAAGAACUUGAGAAAUACGGAAUACAGAUGCCAUCUUUCAGCAAAAUAGGCGGUAUUCUGGCCAAUGAACUGUCCGUGGAUGAAGCCGCAUUACACGCUGCAGUGAUAGCCAUUAAUGAAGCUGUUGAAAAAGGCAUCGCAGAGCAGACCAUCGUAACACUAAGAAACCCCAAUGCGGUUUUAACUUCAGUGGAUGACGACCUUGCACAGGAAUAUCAGACAGAACUCUGGGAAGCCAAAAAGAACAAAGAGGAAAAUGCCAGACUGAAGAAUAGCUGUAUUUCAGAGGAAGAGAGGGACGCAUAUGAAGAACUGCUGACACAAGCAGAAAUCCAAGGCAACGUUAACAAAGUCAACAGGCAGGCUGCAGUGGAGCACAUCAAUGCUGUCCUUCGGGAAGGCGACCCUGAGAACACACUGCUGGCUCUGAAGAGACCGGAGGCCCAGCUGCCUGCUGUUUAUCCCUUUGCUGCUGCUAUGUAUCAGAAUGAACUUUCCAACCUCCAGAAACAAAAUGCCACGAACUACUUGGCCCACGAGGAGCUGGCGAUUGCGGUGGAAAUGUUGUCUGCUGUUGCUUUACUAAACCAGGCCCUGGAAAGCAGCGAUCUUGUGUCUGUGCAGAAUCAACUCAGAAGCCCCACAAUGGGCUUAAACAAUCUGGACCAGGCAUAUGUGGAACGUUAUGCAGACUCACUACUCGCUGUGAAACUGGAAGCCUUAUCCCAAGGACAAGAUAACUUAAGCUGGAAUGAAAUUCAGAAUUGUAUCGACUUGGUUAAUAUUCAGAUACAAGAAGAAAAUGACCGAAUGGUAGCUGUAGGGUACAUUAAUGAAGCCAUUGAUCUAGGGAACCCUGUGAAGACUUUGGAAUCUUUGCUGUUGCCUAAUGCGGAUAUCAAAGAUGUGGACCCAGACUUUGCCCAGCACUACCAGGAUGUUUUACAACACGCUAAAUUACAGAAACUCAGGGAUUCCUCCGAGAAGACCUCGAAAGUUCUUUGGCUGGAUGAGAUACAGCAAGCCGUCAAUAACGCCAACGAUGACAGGGACAAAGCGAAACAGUGGAUUACUCUGAUCGUUGAUGUUAAUCAGUAUUUGGAGGGAAAAAGAUCAAGUGACAUUUUGUCUAUCUUGAAGUCUUCUGCAUGUAACAUACUCCCUGAGUGUGCCGAGCGGUACUAUGAUGCCCUUGAGAAGGCAAAAGUGCUCAAAAGUGAAAGAGUGUCUAAUGAAGGUCCAUGGCUGAAAGUCAACCUGCAGGAGAAAUAUGACUACUAUUACAACAUUGAUUCAGAAGAGAGCUCCUGGGUCCUACCUGAAUCCUACUUGCUUAAGGAAUCGUGGCUCAAUAGAGAUGAAAUUGAGGAUAUUGUUGAGGAAAUCACAAUAGGGUACAUUCGUGAGAAUAUAUGGUCUGCUUCUGAAGAUAUGCUUCAUCGCUUCCGAGCCGCAAGCACAGGAAACCCCCUUAUGGAAGAGUAUGAAGCUAGGAAAUCAUUUUUGUAUGAACACGAAGCGAAUGUGGUCACAAUACAGGCUUUCUGGAAAGGAUAUAAACAGCGGAAGGCAUAUAUGGUCAGACGACAGACCUUCGGGGAUAAUAUUUAUUCUAUUGUGAAGAUUCAGUCCUGGUUCCGAAUGUUGUCAGCGAGAAGAAGCUACCUUUCACGACUACAGUUUUUCAGAGACCAUAAAAACGAAAUUGUGAAAAUACAGUCGCUGAUAAGAGCAAACAAAGCUAGAGAUGACUACAAAACCCUGACUGGCUCCCAAAACCCACCAUUAAGUGUAAUCCGCAAAUUUGUACACCUUCUGGACCAAAGUGAUUUGGAUUUCCAGGAGGAACUGGACGUCGCACGAUUAAGGGAAGAAGUGGUGACCAAGAUCAGGGCCAAUCAGCAGCUGGAGAAAGACCUGAACCUGAUGGACAUCAAGAUUGGACUUUUGGUGAAGAACAGGAUCACACUAGAGGAUGUAAUUUCGCACAGAACAAAACUGAAUAAGAAAAAAGGAGGAGAGAUGGAAAUUCUAAAUAACACUGACAACCAGGGAAUAAAAAGUUUGAGUAAGGAGAGGAGAAAAACACUAGAAACGUAUCAGCAGCUCUUCUACCUUUUACAGACCAACCCUUUUUACUUGGCUAAGCUGAUUUUCCAGAUGCCACAGAACAAGUCAACUAAGUUUAUGGAUACCGUUAUUUUCACACUAUACAAUUAUGCUUCAAAUGAGCGAGAAGAAUAUCUACUCCUGAAGCUUUUUAAAACUGCUCUGGAGGAAGAAAUAAAAUCAAAGGUGGACCAGGUACAGGACAUAGUUACUGGUAACCCUACUGUCAUCAAGAUGGUCGUCAGCUUUAACAGAGGGGCCCGGGGACAGAAUAACCUGCGCCAGCUCCUGGCCCCAGUGGUGAAAGAGAUUAUCGAUGACAAGUCCCUGAUCAUCAACACGAACCCUGUCGAUGUGUACAAGGCUUGGGUGAACCAGCUAGAAACGCAGACAGGAGAGGCCAGCAAGCUGCCUUAUGAUGUGACCACAGAACAAGCUCUGACAUACCAAGAAGUGAAAAAUAAACUGGAGGCCUCCAUUGAGAACCUGAGAAGGGUCACUGACAAAGUCCUGAACUCCAUCAUUUCUUCCCUGGAUCUGCUGCCUUAUGGAUUGAGGUAUAUAGCCAAAGUCCUGAAGAAUUCGAUCCAUGAGAAAUUCCCUGAUGCAACAGAAGAUGAGCUAUUAAAGAUCGUGGGAAACCUCCUCUAUUAUCGGUACAUGAACCCAGCCAUCGUAGCUCCAGAUGGCUUCGAUAUUAUUGACAUGACAGCAGGAGGCCAGAUAAAUCCCGACCAAAGAAGAAACUUAGGUUCCGUGGCCAAGGUUCUUCAGCACGCAGCCUCCAACAAACUCUUUGAAGGAGAAAAUGAGCAUCUCUCAUCGAUGAAUGAUUAUUUAUCAACAACAUACCAGCAAUUCAGGAAAUAUUUCAAAGAAGCAUGUAAUGUCCUGGAGCCAGAAGAGAAGUUUAAUAUGGACAAAUACACAGACUUGGUGACAGUCAGCAAACCAGUCAUUUAUAUUUCAAUUGAUGAAAUCAUCAGCACACAUUCACUCCUGUUGGAACACCAGGAUGCAAUUGUCUCUGAAAAAAAUGACUUACUGAGCGAGUUGUUGGGGUCGCUGGGAGAAGUACCUACCGUGGAAUCUUUCCUUGGGGAAGGAGCAGUUGACGACAAUGACCCUGACAAGGAAAACACACUAAGUCAACUCUCAAAGACUGAGAUUUCCCUUUUCUUGACAAGCAAAUACGAUAUAGAGGAUGGCGAAGGUAUAGAUGGUCAAAGCCUCAUGAUAAAGACCAAAAAGCUAAUAGUGGAUGUGAUUCGGAACCAGUCAGGGACCUCAUUGACAGAAAUCUUAGAGACACCGGCAACUUCACAACAGGAUAUUCUAAAUCAAAGAAUCUAUCGUAAACUUCGAAAAGCUGAAUUAACCAAACUUCAGCAGACCCUGAAGGCCCUUAAUGAGAAGGCAGCAUUUUAUGAAGAGCAAAUUAAUUAUUAUGACACCUACAUAAAGACUUGUUUAGACAACUUAAAAAGAAAACAUACUCGAAGAUCAAUUAAAGUAGAUGGAAAAGGAGAAGCCAAAGUGACCAAGAGAGCUAAGCCUGUGAAGUACACGGCUACAAAGCUGUUCGAGAAAGGUCUCCUGCUCGGGAUAGACGAUCUUCCCACAAACCAGUUUAAGAAUGUUACAUUUGAUAUCACAGCUACUGAAGAUGUGGGCAUCUUUGAUGUCAGAUCUAAGUUCCUUGGUGUAGAGAUGGAAAAAGUGCAGCUCAAUAUUCAGGAUUUACUUCAGAUGCAGUAUGAAGGCGUAGCUGUAAUGAAAAUGUUUGACAAGGUGAAAGUGAACGUAAACCUUCUCAUAUACCUGCUGAACAAGAAAUUCUAUGGAAAGUAAAGUGCCUGUGGAAAUUUCACAAAUUCUGUAUCAUCUGGAUUGGAAAAUGAAUUUGUUUAGUAUUUUUGUUUUUAAACAUGAUUGAAAUCACUGCUUACAAAUGUGUGAUUUUUUUUUUUUAAGGACCAAAACUGUUCUCAAAAAUGUACCCACGUGCCUUUUUUGAUAAUUUGAUACUAAAAUAGAAUGAUAUGAAGAAAGAAUUAAUGUAAACCCAUCCAUGUUGUACUGUCAUGUAGGUACUCUGAUUUAAAACUUUGGACAUCCUGUGAUCUCUUUUAAAGGAGGGGGACAUUUAGCUAACUGGGGACAAACAUAAACCUAUUUUCUUACAAAAAAUUUUACAUGUCCCACUUGAAUGAUGUAAUUCUUCGUAGAUUUUUUUAUCGGUGGAUAAAUGGAAACCUAAUUAUUUGUAAUGAAUUACUUAGACAGUUCUAAGGCUUGUCUUCUUUUAAAGAAAACUUUUUUGUGCAAUUCCAAAUGAAGUUUUUAUAAGUAAUUGAAACCGACAAGACAAUAACACUUUCUGUAUAAAAGGAUAUAUUUUAUGUGAUUUAUUCCUACUAAACAAAAGUGCACUACUGCCUCAUGGAAAGACUCGUAUGAAGAGCCUUUACCCUUAAGUGACUAAGGAACAACACGACGGUGAUCCUAGACCCCCCAUAUUCCCUCUUCACAACGUAUUUGAAAACUUCAAUUGUGCCUCUCAAUUUUUUGUAAUGCUAUAAAAUCAGUAUCUAGAUGGUUUUUAAAUGUAUUCUUUGGAAAUUGUUUUAUGUAAAAUAAAUGUUACUUAAUUACAUU